GUUCUGCCUUUUCAAAACCUUGCUGAAGACAUGCAGUUCUGGGCUCUUGGCCAGCCUGUGCUCACCUCCACUGGCCAGCUUUUGGGGCAAGAGAAUUUCAAAAUAACAACUACGUGAGUGUUCAGACAAAGGCAGUGCAGCAGCGCUGGGGUGUCCCGCAGGCUCCCAGUGGGAGGAUUCAGCCCGCAGCCUUGCUGACCUCCCAGUGCAAGGUGCACAGCACAUGUUCCCUCUGCAUGACACUGCGUAUUUAUUCACAGCUCUGCGAGAUCGGCUGCGGUGCAUUUUCAUUCUGUGCAUUGUUCUCUGGGGCUGGUGAUGCCAUUGCAUUGUGCUGAGUUUUUACGAGGGAGAGCAGCACUGCUGAUGUGACUCCCAGGAGCCUACUUUCUACUGGCCCGGGAUAAAAUUUAGUGGUUCAUUCUCUGUCGGACACACACGCGUGCAGGGAGUCUGGCAUGCUGACAGCGAUGGGGUCGGUGUAGCUGGGACACUGGAAAGCUAUGCAGGAUUCACCCGGCUCCCUGGUGAUGGAUGGCUACUCCAGCAAUGUGCCAGCCUUCCUAACCAAGCUCUGGACGCUGGUGGAAGAUCCUGAAACAAACCACCUCAUCUGCUGGAGUACGAAUGGCACCAGCUUCCAUGUGUUUGACCAAGGACGUUUUGCCAAAGAGGUGCUGCCCAAGUAUUUCAAACACAACAACAUGGCCAGUUUCGUCCGGCAGCUGAAUAUGUAUGGCUUCAGAAAGGUGGUGAACAUUGAGCAGGGGGGACUGGUCAAGCCGGAGCGGGAUGACACUGAGUUCCAGCACCUCUGCUUCCUGCAGGGCCAUGAGCACCUCCUGGAGCACAUCAAGAGGAAGGUGUCAGUAGUAAAAAGUGAGGAGACCAAGAUGCGCCAGGAGGACCUCAGCAGGUUGCUAUAUGAGGUACAGAUCCUGAGAAGUCAGCAGGAGAACAUGGAGUGCCAAAUGCAGGAUAUGAAGCAGCAGAAUGAAGUCCUUUGGAGGGAGGUUGUUUCUCUGCGACAGAACCACUCACAGCAACAGAAGGUGAUCAACAAGCUGAUUCAGUUUCUGUUUGGCCAGCUCCAAUCAAGCCCUGGCGGCACUGGGAUAAAGAGGAAGCUGCCUCUGAUGCUUGACAAUGGGUUAUCAGCUCCACAGGUGUCCAAGUUCAGCCGGCAUUUGUCUGCAGACGUCCUCCAUGAUGCCUAUUUCAUACAGUCGCCAUCGACAGAACCCGCCUCCUGUUUGCAUAGCCCUGCGAUGGCUGCAGGACCCAUCAUAUCCGACGUUACUGAAGCAUCACCAUCCAGCGUAAUAAAUACGCAGUCCCCUCCUGAUAAUGACAGGGAGAAGUGCCUCAUGCUGAUCAAGGAGGAGCCAGCAAGCCCCGGGGUGAAGGCCUCUGCUGAACCCGACAUCCCACUGUCUGGCUGCCGGGCCUGCCCUGAGCCCCCUGUGCUUCCAGUUGCCAUGGUGCAGUCUGUCCUGGAGGGCAAAGGGAGCUGUGGAGUGGCCCCCCCAGGAACCUCACAGCCUCCUGAGAGGAGAGGCAGGAGAGCACUGCUGGACAGAACAGAUAUUUCAGACCCACUGGAGGGCCCGGACUGGAGCCUGGAGGGGCUGCAGCUGCUGCUGAGGAGCCAGCAGUAUGGCCUGGAGUCUGCAGGCCUCCUGGAUGUCUUCAAUCCCAACUUACCAAUGAGUGAGUGCAAUUUGGCUGAAAUGGAAGCCGGUCUGUCCCCGAUGCAGCGGCUCACAGUGGAUCUGGAGAAGAAUGCAACUGAGCUGAACUCAAAAGUGUUCAACCCAUCGUUCAGCAGUGCCUGCCCAGGAAAAGAUGUCCUUCUUGAAAGCUCCCAGCAAUUUCUCACUGACCGGCAGUCAGUCUUUGGAAACGACAUCAUCAGCUUACAUGAAAGUUCAUCGCUGUAUAUUCCAUCUGAAAACAUGGCUUCCUAUCUGUCCUCUGUGCGUGUCCAAGGGGAUAUCCCCUUAAACCUGAGCUCUUCGACUGAUAACAACCAGUGAUGUCGCUUCCAAGGCAUCAUCUCCCUCCCACCCACCCAAGCAUCCACAGGUUUGAAUGUAAAGAAACAAAAGCGACUCAGAAGCCUACAAGAGAGUUGUUGUGCCCUUUCUUUUUAAGUAGAUUGGAAUGGUCAAUAGCUGUUGCACUGCACACCCUGUCCCUGGCUCUCAGUGUUUGCCCAGGAUCAUAGUUGUAGAACAAAAUGCUGCUUCUGGUGCUUCUUCCUACGUGGAGCGGGAAUGUGGUGGGAGCUGUUUUUCUUUUACAAGUGUCAAACUUUUAAGAAAAUGGAAGUGAAAAGUAGCUUGAAAGUUCAUCAGGGACCUCAUAGAACAAAGCAAUCCCAACUGGUGUCUGCGGCAACAAACUGUGGGAUGAUAAUAGGGCAGCGCAGGUCAGCAAAGAGAUGCAUGACCCUUCUGAAUGCCAUUUUUUCAGUAGAAGAUUAGUUUUAAGUGCCAGACCAGUGCUCUAAAAAUAUUCUUUUAUUAUCUAUUUUCUGGUUUUGAUGGGAUGUAUUUGUGCCUCUCCCCUGUCUUCCCAGAGUAAGCAGGAACAUGGAGCUCCCUCAGGGUGUGCUGAAGAUAGUUUCCUGAGUGAUCCCUCCAAGGAGGUGUCUUUGGCUCCCAGGGGAGCUGCAGGCAUCAUAAAUCCCACAACAUCCCAUCCUGAGUUGAAAGGGUUGUUGGUUAUUUUUCCCCCAGUUUAUCUUCUGUAACGUAGAGGCAAGGCACCCCAUGCUUUAAUUCUUAUAAUAAGGGAUGGAGUCUUCUGCACACACAGUUUUUUAUCUUCAAAGAGGACUAGUUUAUUCCUGGUUUUUGUGCUGGAGAAAUAUUUCAUGUCCAGUCCGGUGGUAUUUCUCCUUGGCCUUAACCUUCUCUAUUUCCCCUGGAGAUGUGCCUGUAGGUUUGUUAGUGUAUGAAAUCUGAUGAACUGGUUUAAUUGAUUUGAGCCCCUUUUUAGAAGGACUCUCAGCUUCAGGUACUUUCUCAGUGUCCAACAGAGGCAGAAGAGUUACUCCACCAUGUCCCAAAGACUUUUUCUUCUGCCUUUUGUGCAUCUGAAACCAGCUCCUACAGGCCCAUUUAAUCUUCCUCUUUCAUGUGGUUUCUGACAACUGAGUUUCUCAACAAAGCAGAGCUUUGUUUUUAUUCUGUAGUUCUAAUGAGAACGUAUUAUUUAUCACAAUAUCCUCUAAUUGAGUUGUUUUUCCUUAAGAAAGCUACCCACAAGCAGUGGGACAGACACAGGAAAUUCACCUAACUCAGGCCUUCCAAGGGCUUAGACAGGGAGGUGUAAGCCAUGCCAACUCUAUUUGAAGAACUGCUCUGCCAACUUUCACUACCGUGAUGAUUCUUGGUACUAAAUCGCAUUCCUGACCGUCUAGAAUGGCCAAGCAGCAUCCACCUAAAAAUACAGUUGAUCAGAUGAAUGUAGGCUCAAAAUGUCCUAAAUAAGAUGUGCGUAUUUUAAAUGGGCUUUCCUGUCACAGCCCUUUGCUCCAUCCAUUUAUCAGUGUGUGAGCAGAUGGGAACAAUUCAGAGACACUCAUUUUUGCCAGCUGGCUGCUAUGAGGGGUGAUCAUCACCCUGGAGGCACUUUCUUGGCAGAGUGAUGUUGUGAGAACUUUUGAAUUAGUUCCACUGUUUGUCUGUUCAGGACUAAGGGAAAAACCUGGCAGCCCCCACUGGCCUGGUAUUUAGAUGGUGUUCUUAAGAAUAGCAUGGACAAUGUUUCUUUUUUGGCAGAUUUGUGCUUAGAGUUCAUCUAGAUCUUGCCUAUUUGGCACUGUACUUUGUCACUUCCAGCAAUGGAGAUCUGCUGAGUUGCAGUCUGGUUGCUUCCUUUCUCAUGGGAAGCUGUGUGCUGUCUCUUCUCACCUGACAGAAUAUGUUAUCCUCGUUCAGGUUUUAUGUCUUUCUUUGAACCUCCAGAUGCUCAAUUCCUUCAUGUUAGCACUGAAUGUAUACAGGUUCAGUAAGGUAUCUGAGCACAUGCAUAACUUCAAACUUCUGAGCAGCUUUUAUUUAUUUCUAUGAAGUCUGUCACAUGCCUGAAGUUGGACACGUGCUUGGAUGCCUUACUGGAGUGUCCGUUUGUGGUUGAAACACGAACCACCUCAGGAGAACUACUUGCAAGGAGGAGCACCCGAGCUGUGAGGGGCCUGGCCCCACCUCACACUGCAGCACUUCUCUGCGGUACACAGACUGCAUGCACUGUGAGCAGCCGCUCCUGAGUGGUUCCUGGGAUUUUCUUUAGGCUUUUUGCUCUAUUGUCAACAUGAGCUUGGAUCUUGAUAGAGAGAGGGUAACCUCCAGGAAAGGGUUGAGAGCCACUCCUGAAGAAGCAGGCUGGCGUUCCUUGGCUUUUUACAUUGUUAAGUUUACUUGAAGAUGAUGUGCUGAGACUGCGUGUGCUUGGUGUUUUUUUUGCACUAUGCUGUACAUUUGUAAAGUUUUACAGAAGACGAUAAUUAAAUGUUUCUUUUUUCUCAUUUAGUCUUAUGCUGGCAUUUACUCACAAUCUCCCCCUUACUCCUUUACUCAUCUCCCCCUUCCCAUCUGAGGGCACUGGAAAAGUGACGACAACUUUCUGAAUUUUAACAUUUGCUUGUGAGAUGACGCACUGGCUGACCCACUGAUGGACUGUGAUCAUCUGUGUUAAAACGAAUGUUCAGCUUUGUAAAGAGAAGACUCCUGAAGGCUGCUAUGCGGCAGGCCUGCUCUCCGCAGGCACUUGCUCACCCCUCGCUCUUCCUGAACACCAAGGAUUUUCACAGCAUGCCUUUACUGGUGACAACUGGAAAAUGGCUGAAGUUAACGUAACUGUGCCAUGAUCUUCCUUCAGGCUUCGGCCAUGGUUGUGCUCUGUGGUUAGCAGCGGUCCUCUCACCACCAGAUGGCACCUAAGCCCUAGUUGCUAAUUGCAAAUACAGCUUUUCAACAAAAGCAUAGUAACUUUUCCUUGAAGCGUGCAUGCCUACAAGGUCUGUUCCAUUCUAUUGACUACAAAUUACCACAGAUUUAGAGAAAUAUGAAAAAAGACAUUCAGCUAAACUUGGCUUAACAAAGUCAUCUCAAUUCCUCACAUUGCAGUUGUUGAUUCGAUCACAAUGUCAGCUUGUGAAGGUGAAGCCACCUCCAUUAUCCUACCACUUAGCAGUGUUCAGUAACCACCUUCAUGCUAGGAGAAUGUGAGUAAGAAUGCCACAGCAGCAGAAUUGACCCAGAGUUGGCCAUUUCUUCAAAUUAUUAUUUAUUAUUUUUAUUAUUACUGUUGUUAUUGUGGUGUACAGAGGACCGCACCACCCUCCAGUGAUUCUCACUUCCUUGAAUUUUGUUCUCUACUUCAGAAGGAAAGUAAAAAAUAAAAGGAGGGGGUUGUGAGGAAAUAGAACCCUUCAGGAGUUGCUGCUCUUCCACUGCACUUUGGCACAAAACUAGCACUGUAGAAUAAAAGAAAAGCUACUGAACAGAGAAUUCCUUUAGUCUGCUUUUAAUACCCAAUUUAUCUACCACUGACUGGCUGGCUAUUUUUGUUUCAUUUUUUGUCAAGAGAAAAAAAAGCAUUAAAAUGGCAGUUGUCAGUAGAUGUUCCACCACAGAUUGCCUUAAAAGGUAAAAUAAUAUUUUCCAUGCCCAGACAUUAUUUCUGCAUUUGUUUUUGUGUGAACU